AUGGCUCAAGCGACGAAUAAUGGCGCAAAUGGCUCCAAGGGCCUGCUCUCUGCCAAUGACCAUAUUCAGCGUUUCGCUGCUCCCAGCCGACCUCUGAGCCCUCUUCCUGAGCACGCUCUCUUCAACGACAAGACCCGAUGCUUUGUCUAUGGUCUCCAGCCCCGUGCCGUCCAGGGCAUGCUGGACUUUGACUUCAUCUGCAAGCGCAAGACCCCUUCGGUUGCUGGUAUUAUCUAUACUUUUGGCGGUCAGUUUGUUAGCAAGAUGUACUGGGGCACCAGCGAGACCUUGCUACCCGUCUACCAGCAGCCUGACAAGGCCAUGGCCAAGCACCCCGACGUUGACGUCGUCGUCAAUUUUGCUUCUUCCCGAAGCGUCUACAGCUCUACCAUGGAGCUCAUGCAGUACCCCCAGAUCAAGACCAUUGCCAUCAUUGCUGAGGGUGUUCCAGAGCGACGAGCUCGUGAGAUUGCCCAUGCUGCCAAGAAGAAGGGUGUCACUAUUAUUGGCCCUGCCACUGUUGGUGGUAUCAAGCCUGGUAGUUUCAAGAUUGGAAACACUGGCGGUAUGAUGGAUAAUAUUGUGGCCUCCAAGCUCUACCGCAAGGGCUCCGUCGGUUAUGUCUCCAAGUCUGGUGGCAUGUCCAACGAACUCAACAACAUUAUUGCCCAGAACACCGAUGGUGUUUACGAGGGUAUUGCCAUUGGUGGUGACAGGUACCCGGGAACCACCUUCAUCGACCACAUGCUCCGAUAUCAGGCCGACCCCGACUGCAAGAUUCUGGUCUUGCUCGGUGAAGUAGGUGGUGUUGAAGAGUACAAGGUCAUAGAGGCCGUCGAGCAGGGCAUCAUCACCAAACCCAUUGUCGCUUGGGCCAUUGGUACUUGUGCCAGCAUGUUCAAGACCGAGGUCCAGUUCGGUCAUGCUGGCUCUUUCGCCAACUCUCAGCGUGAGACUGCCGCCACCAAAAACAAGACUAUGCGCGAGGCUGGUUUCCACGUCCCGAACACUUUCGAGGAGAUGCCUGCUGUCCUCAAGCAAGUCUACGACAAGCUUGUCAAGCAGGGUACAAUUGUACCCCAGGCCGAACCCGUUGUUCCUAAGAUUCCCAUCGACUACUCCUGGGCCCAGGAGCUGGGUCUCAUUCGAAAACCGGCUGCCUUCAUCUCCACCAUUUCCGAUGAUCGAGGCCAAGAGCUCCUCUACGCCGGUAUGCCUAUCUCUGACGUCUUCAAGGAGGAUAUCGGCAUCGGUGGUGUCAUGUCUCUGCUAUGGUUCCGUCGCCGUCUCCCUGACUACGCCUCCAAGUUCCUGGAGAUGGUUCUCAUGCUUACUGCUGACCACGGUCCUGCCGUGUCUGGUGCCAUGAACACCAUUAUUACUACUCGCGCCGGCAAGGACCUGAUCAGCGCUCUUGUUUCUGGUCUGUUGACCAUAGGCUCCCGAUUCGGUGGCGCCUUGGAUAGUGCUGCUGAAGAAUUCACCCGUGCCUUUGACAAGGGUCUGAGCCCCAGAGAGUUUGUUGACAGCAUGCGCAAGGCCAACAAGCUCAUCCCCGGUAUUGGCCACAGAGUCAAGUCCCGCAACAACCCUGAUUUGCGUGUCGAGCUGGUCAAGGAGUAUGUUUUAUCCAAGUUCCCCAACCACAAACUGCUUGACUAUGCUCUUGCUGUUGAGACUGUCACCACUUCCAAGAAGGACAAUCUGAUUCUCAACGUCGACGGCUGCAUUGCUGUCUGCUUUGUUGAUCUACUCCGCAACUGUGGUGCUUUCUCCACCGAGGAGGCCGAAGACUAUCUCGGAAUGGGUGUUCUCAACGGUCUCUUCGUCCUUGGCCGAAGCAUUGGUCUUAUUGCCCACUACCUCGACCAGAAGAGACUGCGCACUGGUCUGUACCGCCACCCCUGGGAUGACAUUACGUACUUGCUGCCCAACCUCCGCGAAGGCCGGCCUGGCGCCGAAGGCAGAGUGGAGGUUCAGAUGUAA